AUGGUAACAUUCUCUGCAAACAGAACCACUAACGAGUUCGGACUCUACAAGGUAGCCAUAACUUCUCUAGAUUGCACUGACGUAGAUAAUCUCGCGAGUUCUUGUCAAGCUAGUUUGGUCGGAAGAAGAAGAAGCUCCUCGGAUCUUUCUUGCAACGUACCUGGUUACAGAAAUACGACGGAUCAAGUCGUGUUGAAGUCGAAACGGUCUAAUCUAUGUAUCUAUGGAUUCAAUGCCUUGAAUUUCAGACCAUUCAAGAGGCUCUUGCCUUGUGUGGCAAGAAAUAGAGUUUCAAAACAACAAAACUAUCUUUCACUGUUAUUGUCUAUGUUGCUUCUACUAAGAGAUAUGUUGGGAUAUGAAAAAUUCAGAGACACAUGUUUAGAAGUCUGUUCUUUAUUUUAA